CACCCUAGCGAGCCAGCCAGCCCAGCCAAGCAUCCAAUAUUGCAGCCCCAGCAGCGAGCCCGCAGCACAGCAGCCAGCCAAGAGCAGCAGCCCAGCCCACCCCAGCCAGGCAGCACGCUCCGCCCCGCCCCCGCCUUAGCAGAGCCCAGCACCCCACAUAGCCAGCCCCGGAGCAACACGCCCCCCGAGCAUCCAACGCAGCCAGCCCACCAGCACCCCAAGCAUCCAGCCAGCAGCCCUGCCACCAGCCACACCAGCAGCCCUUCGGCAGCAGACCCGAGCUCCCCCCAGUAUAUAGCAGUAGAUAAAUAG